CGCGCUGGGGGCCGCGCAGCGGCGGCGCUGGGGGCCGCGCAGGGCGGCGGGAGGAGCGCGCUGGCCCGGUCGCGGCCGCUCCGCAGCCAUGUGAGGGCGAGGGGCGGCGGCGGGAGCCCGCCCCCUUCCCCGGGGCCCGCGGCAGGUGCGUUUGCUUGGCCGGGCCCCGCAGGAGCAGGAGGAGGAGAAGGAGGAGGAAGGGCAGCAACAAGCUGCCGCCCGCAGCCCCGCGAUGGGAGCCGGGCUGGCAGCGCGCCGCGCUGCCCCGAGCCGGCUGCGGGGCUGAGGCGGCUCUAGCGCAGACGCGGGAAGAGAAAUGCGGCGCUUGUGCGGGUAGUUCUGAAAAGGUGCAGUUUCUCUCUGCUCACUUUAAGGUGCUCGCUGCGACUUGUCUAGAGAAAGAAACGCACUCGCUGGCAGGAAGUGUGGCGUUGUGCAGCGGUUCCCUCCGAUGUGAACGCAGUGUCCCCUGUGGGAUGCGGUAGGUGAUGCCCAGCUCUACUGCAAUGGCAAUUGGAGCUCUCUCCAGUUCUCUCCUCGUAACCUGCUGCCUCAUGGUUGCCCUCUGUAGCUCCACCAUACCCGUACAAAAGCUGGCCAAGGCUCAAGACAAACAGGAGAUAAAAGCCAGCCAGGAAAAGAGGGAUCACACGUCAGCAAGGGACAGUCAGACGGGCUCCGGGAAAAUGAAUGAAAUCAGCAGGAGCGGGAGGGAGGAGGGCACCAGAGACUGGAAGGGCAAAGGAAACAGGAACUACUCAAACAAGGAGUCUUGGACUAAGCAGAAGCAGGCUUGGAACAGCCAGGGGACGAGCAGUAAACUGGGGGGCAUUCAAGUGCAGGAGCAAAGGGAUGCUGCUGCUGAGGAGCCCCAGGUGGCCGAAGACGCGUCCCUGCCCAAGGCCGUGGCCAGCAUCACCCCUGAGCCCCCAGAGGAGUACGCCUACCCGGACUACCGUGGCAAAGGCUGCGUGGACGAGAGCGGCUUCGUGUACGCCAUCGGGGAGAAGUUUGCGCCGGGGCCCUCCGCCUGCCCCUGCCUGUGCACGGAAGAGGGGCCGCUGUGCAUCCAGCCCGAGUGCCCUCGGCUGCACCCGCGCUGCGUUCACGUGGACACCACGCAGUGCUGCCCCCAGUGCAAGGAGAGGAAGAACUACUGCGAGUUUCGGGGGAAAACCUACCAGACCCUGGAGGAAUUCAUGGUUUCUCCGUGUGAGAAAUGUCGCUGUGAAGCCAAUGGUGAAGUGCUGUGCACUGUGUCAGCUUGUCCCCAGACUGAAUGUGUGGACCCAGUAUAUGAACCCGAUCAGUGUUGUCCCAUCUGCAAAAAUGGCCCGAACUGCUUUGCAGAAACCAUUGUCAUUCCAGCAGGCCGAGAGGUGAAAACUGAUGAAUGCACUAUAUGUCACUGUACUUACGAAGAAGGCACUUGGAGAAUUGAACGACAAGCUAUGUGCACUAGACAUGAAUGCAAACAAAUAUAAAAAAUCUACAAAUCAAAGUACUUUGGGGUUUUUUAUAAAAUAUCUCACAGCGGUGAGCACCCUAGAUGACCCAGGGAAAUCUGAACGUGAAGAUUUUGGUGAGGAGCAGAGAAUAGCAUAUUGGUAUUUUGCUUUUCAUAGUAACAUAAUACUGCAAAGUGAAGAAGUGCAUAUAUUUAAAAAGUUUGGACAUAAAGAAUACCUGUCUCAAUAAAUGUGUUUUAUUUUCACAGUGAGUACACUAAAUGCACUCUAUCAAAUAUUCUGUGUAUUUCUAUAAUACCAUUAUAGAGCUUAAAAAUAAAUGUUUUAUAUAGACAAUACAGAUUAAAUUACUGUA